AUAAGAGUGGAGUGUGAAAAAUUGGCGACUUCAUUUGGCGACUGGGGAAAGCCCUCGGUAACCCUAUUUUAGCUUCUCCCUUUUCGCCGCUGGCUCGGCGCCGGCCGACCGUGCUUGGGAAACCAAAUCCGCAGAUCCGUUCCCCCCGGUCGCUACACUCUUCUUUAUCCGGAUACCAAGGAAGGGUCCCGUGAAACAAGAACUCCUGGGAUGUUCUUGCAUUCAAGUGAUAAUUCAGAUCUGCAACUCACAUGUCGUAUCAUCGAAAUUACGCACAUCGAGUGGGUAUAGGUCCUGCACUUCGAACUGUGCCCGACUAUUCAACAUCAAUGGACUGUUCAGAGGACAGUGACACUGCCGGUUCUUCAGGCAAACCUAUUUAACAAAGGCUAAAAUAAUUUAAACCAUUCCUCUGCCUUAUUUAUAACUUAUUAACAACCGACAAGAUGGUUUGUAACUUACAUAGCAAGGAAAUUGCUGCAGCCAAGAAAAAGUUUUCCUUCUUGCGCUUUUACAGAAGACGAUGGAGGAAUCCUGCACUUGUGUUCUUGUCAACUCUCUUUGUCAUCGGUUACUUUUCUAUGGGCCAAAUUACUACCUUGGGGACCUUACUUACAAGGAUCUCAUUGCGACCUUGCUCCAACAGAGCUACUUCCUUGACAUCUUCCUUCAACAGGCAUUUGUUAUCAGAAGUAAUAACCAAUAAGACGGCACAAUUCCCAGAGGACCUCUUCACCUUGGAGCAACGCCAACACGGUGCUGUUAUUCUUCACGUCAUUGGGCUGGUUUACAUGUUUGUUGCUCUAGCCAUAGUUUGUGAUGAAUUUUUUGUGCCCUCCUUAGAUGUGAUAACAGAGAAAGCAGGUAUUUCUGAAGAUGUUGCUGGUGCCACUUUCAUGGCUGCCGGGGGCAGUGCUCCUGAACUCUUCACCAGUAUCAUCGGUGUCUUUAUCAGCUAUGAUGACGUUGGUAUUGGUACCAUAGUUGGAUCUGCUGUCUUCAAUAUUCUCUUUGUCAUUUCCAUGUGCGCCAUUUUUAGCAGAACCGUACUCGAACUAACUUGGUGGCCACUCUUCCGUGAUGUCUCAUUCUAUGCCAUAAUUCUUAUAUUACUCAUGACAUUCUUCCAGGACAGUGUUAUUUAUUGGUGGGAGGCUCUAGUUCUCCUCUGCUGCUACGGUUGUUACGUCACAUUCAUGAAAUUUAAUGAGUCAUGUGAAAAGUUCAUCAAAAAGCUCCUAAAUCGCAAUAAAGUUACUAGAGUUGGGAGCGCUGAUAAGCUUAUGCCUCACAUGGCGAAACGGAAGAUGAGCACACCAAUGUUGCAUGCAGGGAGCAAAUUUCGAUCGGGGCUUCUGCAACUGAUGAUACACACAAUUGAUCCUCUGCAUGAUGGUAAAUUGGAUGACAAAGCCAAUCAGUUGCAUGCCAUUGCUUCCUUAAGGGUACUGUUGGAAGCCCAGAAGACCAAUGGGACUGUCGGAAUGACAGGCAAGGGAGUUCCUAACAGCGUAUCUUGUCCAGCAUGCUCUGAAUGUCCCGACUGCACGCACGGUGCUCAUCCCUCAAUGGUAGAAUCUGCAAGUGGGCAUAUCAUGCCAUCGAAUGUGGGUGGGGGUGAGGGGGCACCUGAUGGCCAGAUGCCCCCUGUCGAAAUGUCACCCACGAGCAACGUCCGGGUAAUUUGGACAGCAAAUAAUAUGACGAGAAGCAUUCGUAGCGACCCUGGCGAUGGAGCUGUCCUCAGGUCAGAUUCCGUCAACAGCAUACCUCAAAGUCAUACAGAUUCCACCCAGAAUGUCAACAUUGUCAUGCCAUCGGAAUCUAAAAUUCAGAUGCAAAAUUCAAAUCAAAAUAUCCCCCAUUCCAACUCCGUUGGAUCACAGCCUCCAGAGCCUGUUGAAGAGGAGGAUGGGGAGAAACCACUAGACCUUUCGUGGCCAGAUACUUGGCAUAAACGGUUAAAUUACGUUUUGCUAGCACCUAUAAUAUAUCCUUUAUAUUUAACACUUCCUGAUACAAGAAAACCAGAAAAAAGGAAAUACUUCUACAUUUCUUUUAUUGGAAGCAUAUUAUGGAUUGCCAUCUUUUCGUAUCUUAUGGUCUGGUGGGCAUCUCUUGUGGGUGAAACUGCGACAAUCCCCAAUGAAGUUAUGGGUUUAACAUUCCUUGCAGCCGGUACCAGCAUUCCGGAUCUCAUAACCAGUGUGUUAGUGGCCCGCAAAGGAUUUGGUGACAUGGCUGUAUCCAGUUCCGUUGGAAGCAACAUCUUUGAUGUGGCUGUUGGUUUGCCACUCCCUUGGUUCUUGUCUUGCCUCAUUUCUGGUCCUGUACAUGUGAGCAGUUCGGGCAUGGCAUGUUCUCUUCUCCUUCUUUUCCUGAUGCUGCUCUUCGUCAUUAUCUCCAUCGCAGCCUUCAAAUGGAAAAUGAAUGUAGGUCUGGCAAUGGUCAUGUUCCUGCUAUAUUUUGUCUUCAUCGCUUGCAGUCUGAUCCUCGAGUAUGGUAUUGUUAGUUGCGAUGCACUACUUGGAAAAUGAGGACUACUUUACUUAUCCGGUUAUGUAAUUAUUCUUUGUCGAACGAUUCAAAUACUGGUCUAAAGGUACAGGUCAGGAUCUAGAUAUUAACGGGCCAAAAAAAUCUUCGAGAUUUCCGUUUGUUCUUAAAUUAUGAUUUCUCACUUAUUCUGAUAUAUUUUCUGCUUAUCGUACCUAAGCAGUUUUCUGCCAAAUACUUAUAACCAUCGAACUCCACUUAUACUGGAGUACAAUAAUUAAAUAAUAUGUUAUCCCUUUCUCUCAAAUUAACAAUUUUCACUUAAAAAAUGCAGGUACUGGAAACUGCAUCUUUAACUUCCUUUCCUGGAAUUAUGAAAAUUAAGAAGUGAAAAUAAUUAGCAUAACUUAUAAUUUCAAAGCAUCGAAAAUAAAAAUUAAAAAAUAUACCAGUGAAUAUGUUCUACAUCAAAAAUAUCUAAAAUAUGGAGCAAAUGUCCUAUUUUGUGUCAAUAUAAAUUUAACAUUUUUAUACAAUCCUGAAAAAUAACACAAAUAUAAUUUUUAUAAUAUCCGGGUUUAAUGGAGAAACUUCACAUUACAAAAUUAUUGGGCUGACAUUUUAAGCCCGUAUAACAUUUCAACAUUGUACUCUGUCCAACAAAUUAUGCAAUUAUCUUCACGAUUACAGUUGUAAUAAUUCAGUAAUUUAUCAGUAAAGAAGGAUAAUUUAAAUUUAUGGAUAGCAUUUAUAAAUAAUAAGUCGUAUAUGCGUGUAUGUGUUUUAGAAUUAUUAAAAAGAGAAUUCAACCAGAAGAAGCUGAGGUUAGAUUUUUUUAUUAUAUCAUACAGUAAAAUGUUUCAGAGAGUGUACUUUAGUGGGAGUCCCUUGAUAUUACACUCUCUUUUUAGAGAGCGCAAUAUUAAGUUACCCCUCCACCUUUUAUGGUAUUGAGAAGAGGUCCAUGUGUUACAGUGUAGUGAGUUUGAACUAAUGGUAUGCUCAGUAACGUGUCAACUCUCGUAACAUAACUUUGAAUAAAGGAUCACGAAUAUUAAGUUAAAAAAGACAGAAUUGUAAAAAUGUGCCUUCAGCAGUUCAUUGCAACGAACAACCGCAUUCAGUUUAGCUGCAUUUUAGCUAAAUGCCUAAGCACAUUUUGCAAAGUAUCUCUAUCUCAAGAAAGCGUAUUUCGUUUCAUGAGUUUUACUACUCUUUGUAAUUAUUUUAAAACAUGUAGUAAUUUCAAACGUUUUGUCUUCAUUUGGCUUAGAUGAUAAUUCUGUUACGAAGUUCCAAGGAAUAUUUUAGCAUUUACGACGUCGAGUUUCAUUUUGAAUCUGAUUAUUCAUUUAUUUACAUGUACUAAAAUUAGCAGUAUUUUUAAAUGAACUAAUGCCAGCAACUGUUUAUUAUUAAUUCCGUAUUUUGCUUUUUAGCCAUUAAUCUUAACACAUAAAAGCAGUUUUUCUUGUCUUCUGAUAUGAAAUGAACGUGAGCAUUUAAAUUGUUCAGGAGGUAACUUAGAUUAUGUUCUCUAGAUCCAGACCUGUUGCGUUAUAACAAAGGACUAAUUUUAUGUUUGUAGAGAACAUAAUUAAUUCUUUAUGUUCUCUUUUUAGUAUAACUGUAUUAUAAUUAUUAUACUUGAAAACAAGAUUGCAAAGACUCUGUUAUUGUUCCCUAGUAAUGAACAAAAAAUUUUCUCAAAACUCAGUCCUUAGCACUUUUCCAGGAGACACUUGUGUUUUUACAAAAUCCUGGAUGAUCUUAUCCUUUCUGAAAAUAGAUGGCUCUGCUGAGAGAGAAAUUUAUGUCAUUUGAAACAUGUUUUACUACUUUUACAUUUCUUUAAUUUAAAUAUAACAAUUUCCCUAGUUUAAAGCUCAUAUUAAUAAUCAAAGUAGUCGAACUUAAAUUGUGCCUCCUGAAGUAUUUUAUUAAAUUUUAAAUUUGUUGAAAAUUCGUUGAAAAUUUUUAUUCUUUCUAUAAACAAUCUAUUAUUAAUUUUUUCUACAUUUUGAAUUUGCAUUAUUACCAUAAUUUUGUCUUUCUGGAGGCUUUGCUGGAAUUGUGUAAUUUACUUCUGCUUACACUUUACAUGCAAACAUUGUUGCUGCUGUAAAUUAUUUCAUUAUUUAAUAGUGAAAAUUAUUAGAUAAUGAAGUAUAAAUCAAUUUAUUGUUUGAAAAAAGAAUCAUGAGAAGCAAUAGUUUAUAAUCGACAUCGGGGAAAUCAAACAGUUUGAAAUUUCAUAAAUUUUCCCGCAUGUGUUUUUGUAAAAAAAGUUCAAUUUUUUAACUAACUUGAUCUUUUAUUUUCAUUUCUACAAGGGACAAAAUAUUUCCUAGAGGAUUCUACUUAAACAUAAUACCACUUGUUUUAAGAUACAGCAAAUUCCCUAUAUUUAUGAGAAAUCGUUUUGCAACUAUUAACAAUAAAACAUAGUUUCGAGAUUUUAUUGGGAAGAUAAACUAUAAAAUAAGAAAAAGUAUUUUUUAUUUACUUAGUUAGUUUUUUAGAAAUGAUAAAUUAGAAGUUUAAUAUAUAAGUAAUAAAGGUAAAGCUCAUUAAAUUUGAGAAUAUUUUUUAUAAUGGUACAUGUGAUAGAAAUUUUAUGAAAUUUCGAAACGUUUGAUUUCUUAGACAUUGACUCUACUUUAAGGCACUAUAAGAAGGACACGCUCUUUGUAAAGAAAAAUUUUUAAUUUGAGGAAAAUUUCAUGAAAAACAUGAUGUGAAUGAAAUAGUGAUUCACUUUCAAAAUUGGAAGAAUCAAGUGCAUAUGGUGUGCAAUACAGCAAGCAUCAUAUGCACAAUAUAUGUCAAGCAGAACUUUUUUUAAAUCUUUCCUAAAUUUUAUUUACAUUAUUAGAGGUAUCCAUAAUCAGCCUAAUUCAUGAAAAGAAGGACAUCAAUUUAUAUUCUCUGAAAAGACAAAUUAACCGUUUUUGAACAUACAAAAGCAAUUAGAGCAAUUUCCAUAUAUCGAUAUGCUUUGUAAUUUCAUAUCUUCAUAUAUAGAUACACUUCUUACGUUCUUUUAUUUUCCAGAAAGAAAAAUUAAUUAAUUAAUUUUUUCUGUGUGUUAAAUGCUAAUUUAAUUUUAAAAUUAAGAUAUAUUUUAUUGAGUUUUACUGAAACAUAUUUUACUGACUCUAAUAAUCAUUAAGACUAUAAAUUGCGAUUUUAUAAACUAUUCAAGCAGAAAAUGUUCAGCUGUGUAAAACUAAAAUUAAAUAAAUAAAAGACCAAUUAACCAAAAGAAAUAUUUGCAGAGCGAAUUGAUGCACAAUAUAUUGUUUGUUCCAUUAAUGGACAGAAAGUCGUUUGGUCAAACGAUUUUUGUUGCAUUUUGUUGCACAAAGAGACAAAAAUCUUACUUUUAGACAUCGGGACUAAAGUGUUUUUAAUAUAUAUCAUAAACAGUUCUUUUGUGCCAUUCAAUUGAGGAAGAUAAAAUGUAUAAAACAUUUGUAUAGGUAUAUAGAACUCUUAUGUUCACUGUUAUUUGGAACCAUCCUUUUCUGAUACCUAUAUGUACUUAAAUGCAUCCUCAGAAAUGAAUUAAAAAUUAUACAACAUAUAUAUAGUUCUUGAAGUGAUAGAUCCUUAAGAAAAUUUGCUAUUAUUUUCUGAAAAUAACAGCUCAAAAUUACCAAAAUAUUAAUUUAAAGACUAUAUAAAGACUAUAUGACGAAAUUUAAUGCCUUUGAUAAUAAGUUUACCAUUAUAAGUUAAAUUUUACAUUCCAGCAAAAUCAUGCCUUCAUUGUUUAUUCGAUGUUUUAAAACAUAGGUACAAAUAAUGCCGUUAUGGUUACAGAGUCUUUGAAAAUUGAAUUUUUAAAUCACAGCCUCACAUAUUUGUCUUUUAUAUAUUUUAUAUAUUCAUAAAAUUUAAAAGCUUUCUUUUAUUCAGCACUCUAUACCUGCAUUUAUUUAGUGCAUACUACUGUAUUACCUCAUAUUUGCUGUUUCGUUCUAGUUUAUAGGUACUGUUAUUUUAUUAUUUUAUGUUUUUAUCAAUGUUAUAAAAAAUGUCGUAUAUGCCAUUUAUACUUUAGUACAAAUAUUGGGUCUUCCAGGAAAGUCUGGUCAUUUCAUGCCUUAUACAUUGUUUUAAACACCCAUAAAUAUUUUGACUGCUUGAAGCAGUUUCUCGUAUGCCACCACUGUUUACGUAAGCUUUAAGCACCUACAGUAGAAUACGAUGCACAUAAGCGCUUUCUUCGGAUUUAUAGCUUAAUGUGUCAUGUAUAUAUCACUAACCUAUAACAUAAAUAAAAAAAUAGAAACAUUAAAAACAAUUGCAUUAUUUAAUUUAUUUCAUGAAUCAGUUAUUAAUAUGAAAAUUGCUGAAAUAUCUUAAAAUGAUUGGCCUUUUCAUGAAGAUCCUAAAGCAAAAGAUGUGAAAGGGAUAAAGUUAUGAUCCUUUAGCUUAAGUGAGAACUCUGAUUGAUGUUAAAUAGCUUUGUUCGACUUCAGCAGUGAUGCCAUUAAACAAAUGAUUACAAAUAAAUAUCAAAUUACAAAAAUUAUAAACAAGUACCUAAAUAUGCGUUCGCCUUUAGAAUACUCAAAAAUAUUAAAUCCAUUUGAUACCUUAAUCGAAUCAAAUAAAAAUGUUUUCAUCUUUUUCUUUUUUAAAGAGCUUAAAAGAAUUCCACAAUAAUCAAUUAACACUGUUUUAACAUUAAUAAACUACUAUUUAAAUUAUUACUUAGCGAAAUGUUUCGAAUCAAUAUUCACUUAGUUUCGAAAAUGAAUCUCUGCUGAAGUUCGAUCUAAGCACUUUUACAUUAGAUAUACAAUAGUAUUUAUAAAAUAUAAGCAUAGAGAUUUUUGUAUUUUGCAUAUUUUUGAAAUCUUAGUAAAGCUUUAUAGGAAAAUAUAUUUCAUGUAGCGUUAAUUCCUGUACCCAAUUUGUAAAUUUCUAUUUACUUAUACUGUCCAUGUUCUUCAUGCGUGUGUGUUGAAUGUGUAUAAUAUUUUUAAAUUAUUUGUUUACUUAUUAACUGAAGAUGUAAUGUCAGCACGCUGAAAGCACGAAUCUGCUAAACAGUUGUUAAAAGAAAGUUGUUUAAAUGUGGAAAUUUUAAAAAUCUUCAUAAAAUUCGAGUAAGAUUAUUUACACAAUAAUUCUCUCAUAUGCGUCCUAAUCUUUUGGCUCAGUAUAGAACAACGAAAACAACCUCGAACAGGUAUUUAAGUGAGAAUAGAAAGCCCAUAAUGCAGAUUCUUGUUUUUGGUAUGUUUGCUGACGAUGUGGUAGUAAAGUUGUAAUUAUUCUAUCAUCAGGGAAAUUUGAAGUAAUUUUUUAUCAAUGAAGUAAAGCACCUUUGUUAAUCUUCAUUUCCAAAUGAAAAUCUCUUGGCUUAUUAAAAUAGGUAUUGUUAAUUUUUGCAAAUAAUUUACAAAGAAUUUAAGUAUUUUAAAACAAAGCUAGGGGAAAAUUAUUAAUAUUUUAUCGUUCUUGAUUACUUAUCGGAAAAUUUAGAAAUAAUGCGCUUACUUGGUUUUGUACUAGUUGUUUGCUAAUCGUCGUUUAAUAUAUUAAAAAUUGAAAUUAUCGACAAUAAUCAUCAAUAUCGGCAAGUUGAUCAUUCUUAAGGGAAAUUAAAAAUUAGUUCGUUAUUUAUAAAUGACAGCUCAGCUUAAACAUAAACCAGUUAGUAUAAAUCUUUGCAUAAUUCUUAAUAAGAGAAGUAAUUUAAUUUUCCAGAGCUGUGUUCUUUUAAUACCCUUCUAGAACUUUAAAAUAAAAAAAUAUUGCUUUUUAGAGAUAAAACUUAUUCUAGUGUAGUUGUCAUCAGCACACCUAUAUUGAUAUAUUUUCAAGAUUUUAUUAUUGAUUAAUCCUAUACGAUUUAUAAACAUAAUAUCCAACAUAAAUUCCCUUCUCAUUCUUUAUUUUGCAUCUUAAUUGUUCACGUUAAUUGCAUCCUCUGAAGCACGUUUUAAAAACCUUUAGUUAUAAAACCCAAAAUUUAAAUUUAAGUGUAUAAGUAAAUAGCUAAUUAAAAAGCUCUUCUAAAAGGGAAUUGCACUUCCAGAUUUUGUAAUUUGUAACAAAAUAUUAAUAAACUAUAACAGAGUAAUGUAUAGACUGGAUACGUGAGUAAAAGCAGUAUUUUAUAAAAUGUGAUGCAGUCAGUUAAAAAGCCGUUAGAUUUUAUUAAUGUGAAUAAUUUCACUGCAUCAUUGUGUUUCAUGAUUGUUUAUCUCCGUUAUCGAUAAAUGGUAUAACCCCAAAAUAAAUAUUUUUCUUGAAAAUUAUUACUGAAAAGUAAUAAAAUUGGAAGAAAAGUUAGUAAAAGGAGCAAAAUUUACACUGCAAUAACAGUUUAGUGGCCUUUAAAUAUAUGAAAUUUUUGAUAAAACUUUAUAGUAAAUAUUUAGAAAUUCCUCUGUGAAGAAUACAUAUGUAUACAUAUGUGUAUGUGUGUGUGUGUGUGUAGGCAAGGCGUAACAAAAGUCUCCAUAUACAAGGAGAAAUAAUAUGUUUUAAUACAAUGCGCUUUCAUUAGGUUGUAAUUACUCAGGACAUCAUAUACCCAGAUGCAUGGAUCACCUUAAAUUUUAUAGGCUGGCAAGAAGAAUAAGAAUAUUUCUAAUAAAUCAUUAAAAUAUCUGAGGAUUAUCCAGCGCUUGCUGCCAAUGCUGUAGAACAAUAAGAAGCACUUAUAAUCAUAAGCACUUAAAAUAAUAGCAUAAUAAGAUCGGUGGAAAAAAUAGAAAAAAGUAAGAUAAAAGCCAAGAGUUGGAGAUGACAAAAGGAAGGAUGAAGAAAACUUUUGGAAUUCUUGAGAAUUACGAUAUAAGGAAAUUCUUAAAUGGAACUGUUAAACUAAGUGAAUAUGACGUUUUCACUUUAAAAAUAUAUUAUUUAUUUACAUUUUUCAUGGAAAUGAAAAUCGUGCCAUAGCGCAUAGUGCACAUCUGCAUGAUGCUCAAAGGAAAGCCGUACGGAGCUUAUAAGUUUUUAGAUUUGGAAAAAAUAAGUUGUGACAUAUAUGAAGUCAGAAAUGCAAAACCAAGACGAAAGGUGAAAUUAUUGUGUUGGGGACAUAUCAGUAAUGAAAGGUAAUUUAAGGUAAAUUCAAAACUUUGAACCUGUUAGACAGCACCGUAAAUGCAACAAUUUCAUAGUAUAACAUGAAAAUUAAACGCUGAAAAGCAGAGAACUCACACUUUCGAUUUCUAGUUAUUCGAGAAAUCUAAUUUUGCUGAAGUCUGCUGCUUUAAAUCUAAUCUUCAGUUUUUAUAGUGAAAACACAAAAGUUUGCAAUACUCAGUUAGCUUAACAAUUUUAUCCAACAGAGUGUGUUAAUAAAUCCAAUAUUUGCUGAUGAGUUUUAGGCAUUUAACAUAAAAAAAAAGCUGGACUGCAUUUGAAAGAAAUUUUCCAUCCCUUUCAACUGUCACUGCAAGUAAAAUUCCAUUUUCAGAUUUUGAAAAUCAUUUAACGGAAACAUAGCAACCAAUACAAGAAUACCGAUAGGGCAGAUCAGCCAUAUAUUAUAAUGAGAUGGGAUUUAAUUUAGCAGGAAGUAAUCGUACUAGAUCGGGCUCUUUACUCGAUCGAUAUGUUCUUGUUUCUCAAUAUGUUCAGCUUAAAAUUUGAUAUGAACAAGUACUAAUUUUCCCUGUGUAUAGAGACUUAUGGGGCACAUUUUAUGUAUAUAUGUAUAUUAUAUAAACAGCUAAUGCUUGACUACGUAGAAAAAAUUAAAAAGUAAUUUAGUAAAGUAGCUGUUAAAGUCCUGAAUGUUAAAACUUUAAAGAAAAGCAAUGUUAACGUUCUAGGUAACGAUCAUAUUUUAAAAUGUUUCAAAUCCCUAAUGUUAAUCUAAAAAUGACUAUAAUGUUUCAUAAUCCAACCCUAACAACCUUGAAAAGAAACUUAACUGAUCUUUCUAAAAAUAAAAAAAAAUAUUGUUAGACUUAUUCAGAGUUUGGUUUUAAUGCUUUCAGGAAGCUCAGAUCUUUUUAUUAGAAAUAGUGCUGUAAUCUCUGAUUUUCCCUCUUUGAAAAGGUAAAGCUUAGACAACUUUAUUCAGUCCCUUCAUCUAGAAAUUAGUUUAGCUGCAACAGUACUCAGUGAUUUUUGUAUUUAUAAUAAGAAGUAUCAACCUACUUCUGAGUGAGUGUAAAUAUGUGAUCUUAAUAUGCGGUAACGCACCAUCACUUUAACUAAGCAAGACGUGUACAUUAUGUGAAUUUUAGAAUCACGUUAGACUAUUGCAGUCCUUGUGCGUACGAUUUGCGUUUAAUUCAUUUAGAAUAAAAGAUUAUUGCAAAUAAAACAAAUUUAUAUGCUUUAGAUUCAAAAGAAACUUCAUAGUUUCUUCUGAGGAUACUUCAUGGCAGUGCAUAAGCUUCUCGUUACACAAGAUAAAUAACUGUUUAAAAUAUUUUCCGCUGUGAUGUAUUUCAUUUAAUCCAUGUUAAACAACUGAAAGAGUAAAAUACUUAUAUUUUUCAUCAAUAUUAUGUUGAUGAGUACUUUAUUAUAUAAGUAAAUAGACAAGACAUACUGUUGCCAAACAAAAAAAAAAAAAAGCAAUUUAACUUGUACAACUAGUCGUCCCAAAAGCUUACAAUUAUCAGACUUUCUUAAAUUCUAAAUAAAAAUCGAAAUAACAGAGUAUGAAUGGGAGAUCAUUUUCUCAUACUAAAAUAUCUUAAAUACAAAUUAAGGAGCUAAAGAAAAUUACCUUAAUGUGUUAUUAGAUACUUAGUGUUAUAUAGGAAACAUUCAUAAACAAAUUAGUACUCAAGAAUGAAACGUUUAUGAUAUCAAACCCAUGACACAGAAUAAUGUGACACAUUAUGAUGGCGAUAUGCAGGAUGUAACUUAUGAAACGUACCCCAUACUAUUAUAUAGAUAUAUUUUUAGGAAAAUCAUGAAAACAUAUAUUCCAAUGUGCUUGAAAGGAACGAAAUGUGCCUAAAUACACUGUUUUUCUUGUUGUUUUUCUCAAAGUUUGUGAUUCGAUAUUUUUCACUGUCGAUAAGUCGUCUUUCUAGUGUAAUGAGAAGUUAUAUUUAUCCCUUGCAUUUUGAACAGGUUAGGAAACUCUAGUAGCUUCUCAAUCCAAUUGUAUAUUUAAAAGCUAAAAAUUCAGGGCAAAUUCUUGGCGAUGUUGCAGCCCACAUAGUAGAAAUUGUCUUAACUCCAUACUUUUUAACUUUGGCUGUUCAAGUCGACAAAAUUAAAUCACUCUUUAUCUCUAAACGUUACGAGUCCCAGAAAAUGAGAAAUAAUCUAUUCUAGCAAGACGUUGAGAAAGCUAGCGUAAACGUUUAUAAUUUAUGAAACUCUGACCAGUGGGUUGCGUUUCAUAAAACACAACCCGUGAGUAAAACGAAAUAAUCUCGGUAAUUAUUAGUGAAGUUUUCAAUUUUGUGCCUUCUUGAUAAUCAUUUUAUUUUUUUUCCCUUAAAUCUAAAUCUUGAAAGUUAAAAACUGCAAAUAAAAGAAAUUCUAAUUGAGGAAAAUCAAAAUUAACAGAAUAAGAAUGAAAAACGAAAUGUUCAAUGAUAUUCGAACUUUUAAAGUUUAAUCAUAGCGUUAUUAUUAUGUUGUACGUCCGUUUAUAUUUGUCUAGCCACUAGAAAAAAUAUCAUUCGUGGAUAUCAAGAUAUUACAUAUAUGUAUAUACAUAUUUAUAUAUUACUCAUUUUAUGGUUCUGCUAAUUUCCUUGCAAUAAUUUAUUUAUGGAUUUUUAAAAUCGAAAACUACAGUCUAUUUAUUUAUAAUUGUCCUCCGUGAUUUUUUAUAUUAUCUUUAAAAAUCAUUUAUGUAGCUAACUGUUAGCAACUCAAGUCCAAAUCUGAAGAUUGCCGUAUGUGGAGUCAUUUUAAUAUAUGCAUAUAUAUAUAUAUAUGUCUAUUUUACUCAGAUUCGUUGUAGUGUAUAGGAAAUAUAUCUAAUGCAUAAAACUGGGCUUCUAUUUAUUGAAACUAGAGUUGCUACGAUGUUAAGCAAUAAGAAAGAACUGAUGCGUGUAUGAAAGUGAACCACUGCAUUAAAAUCUAGAAACAUUUUGGCAACUACUUCAUAACAUCGAAAACACCACAAAGUGUAUAACACAACACAAUGAUAUAAAGCCACCAGUCGGUAACAGCUUACUCUCCAGCACCUUUAUCGUUAACUUAUUUAUUUUGUAUAUAAAUGAGCUAUUACAUUUAUGAGAUAUGUGUUUUAGGAGAGUAUCUGAUCGUAUAUAAUGUCUUUUUUGCAUAAAAGAAACAUCUUUGUGAUAAUGUGAAGAUAUGAUAUGAUAAUGUGCUUUAUGGUUGGAUUCUUGUUGUUGUGCUAUUUUGAAUGAAAUUUCAGGAGCUAUAUCAUGUGAAUAUAUGUCGUAUGUGUUCUCUGAACUCUUAUAAAUGCGCUGGAAAAGAAUUGUCUAUUGACCAGAUAUAUAUUGAACUUGUCUUUAUCACAUAUUUUCAUACAGAUAUUAUUCCAUAGUACCGUAAUUUUUAACGCCUUUGUACUGCAUCGUUACUUAGCAAACUUUUGACUCUUGUUAAGGAUAUUACUAAUAUUUUAUUUUGAAAUUUAUAGAAGAUUUAGCUUGCAUAUAAAUUAUAAUUCAAGUUAUAUAAUAUGUAAUAUGUUUAACGUGUGUACAAAAUAUAGUCUAUUACUAUAUACUUAAAUGUAUUUAGCGCAUCCAUUUACAAGUCUAGUAGCCCAAUUCUAGAUAGUUGAUACUCGAAAGUUAAAUAUUUUUAUCGCAUUAUGAAGUUGAAAUUUGAUAUUUGUUUAACAGUCACUUGAAUAGUAGAUUGUAGUGAAUCUUUCUAUUAUGCAAAUUAUUAAUGAAUUGAUUUUAGAUGAUUAGAAUCAAAUGAAAUCUGUCCUUCGUUUUAUUAACUUUUGGUGUGUAUUCUUAAUUAAUUUUCAUUAUUUGAACUUUAUGUGUAUAAACAAGAAUUAGUAUAUGAUUUUGCACACUUUAUGUAAUAUGUACCGAAAAAUAUGGAAAUUUAUCUUAUGCAUAAGAAGGUGCCUUUAAAUACCUUCUUAAAAGUUUGGAAUGAAAGUAAUGCCUUCUUUAUUACCAAAAAUCAAAACCUUUAUCGUGAUAUGUAUAUGUAAAUAUUUUUCAAAAUUUAAUGCUAUUGAUGUUUGUCAUAUAUUAUAAAAAAAUUUUCAAACUUAUUCAAUGCGCUAUGCAUUAAAUAAGAUUUUGAUGACAAAGCAAAGCAAUGAAUCUUACAUUCAUCACUUUAUUGGGCAAUUCCAACAUUAUUAUCACUAUGUUUCAUAAAUAAAAUACAUAUCCGAUUAGCCAUACUUAUUUCAGUAGUCAAACGAUUCAUUUGUUUUCUUACAAAUCUUUCAAAUAUGGUUUUCUAUAUUAAAUCUGAACAAAACAUCAUUAUAUGAUAAAUCUACUUCUAUAAUUAAGUUUAUUAUUUAAAAUUAAAUUAAUUUUUACAGAAAUCAAAACGAAGAUCUAGUCUAAGCUUCAUCUUCCAAAACUCAUUUAUUUCAUAAUGACACAGGCUUUCACAAUGAAGUAAAAAUUUAUGGUUCUUAAGUUUCUAGCAAAUUUUAAUCGUGAAUUUAACUACAGAAAAGAGGAAUAUUAUUUACAUAAUACUUUUGGGAAUGUUGUAACUUAAAGAAUUUGAUUUGAAUCAUGCAAAUUUUUUUUCGGUUUGUUAUAAAUUGAUGCAAAUGCUUCACGUAUAUAAUUGAACAAUUUAAAUUGUAGAGCGCAAAUUAAGACUGAUUAGAGGGUUUGGCUCUUUAAUCUAAAGGAACCACAAUUUUGAAUCGUGACUUUUGGGUUUAAAUCUUAAACUAUUGUUAUAAUGGUGAAAGAAUUUUAUAGUAUUCAAAGGAAAUUAUUUACACAUUUCAAGGUUCAAAAGUUAUGAAGGAGCUUGAAAAAUAUCAGAUAGUGUUUGAAACAUUUUAUACUCCAAAUUCAAAAACGCAGUGACUCCAUAUGACGGUAAUAACACAAUGCUGUAAUAAAUAUUCAGUUCGUUAAAUUGCAUUUAAUUUGAUCAAUACCUCUUUUUGAACUUAAGCUUUCGAAUUUGUCGCAACCUGAAAUAAACAAAAGUUAAUAUGAUUUGAUGUUGAUAAUGCGGAUUUUACUUUAAAUAACUCACAAAUUUUCUUUUAUUAUUAUUAUUACUAUUAUUACUAUUAUUGUUAUUUGGAUACAGCAAGUUAGAACUUUACCAGUUACCAAAGUUGAGUUUUAAUGUGCAUCUCCUGUAUCGAAGUUAUCAAAAGCAUUCAUUUCGAAUUCGGAAUUUCAAAGUUAGAACUUUAAAACUUUUUUUACAAAAUUAUAUCAUUAUAAAAGAUGUUCUUAUUUUUUUCCUUUGUAGUUUAAAUUUGUCUUUCCCCAUUUCGAAUUUUAUAUUUCCAGAACUUCUUCAGCAUACAUGUGCUCUCUGUAGUUAGCUCUCUAAACAGCAUUAACUGACUGCAUUUUCUGCAAGCCCAUUGGCUGUAAAGCUCUACAUUUAUUUCUCAAAACUAAGCAAAAGUAGAGUUUUCCCAGUAAUAAGUUACCAUUUAGUUUAAAUAAGUAGUUCAGAAACUUAAGUUUAAAGACGAAUACAAUUUUCAAAUGGGAAAGUGCAUUUAAAACUUCGAAGAAGUAUAAAACCAUAACCUUAAUGAAAACAGUUACAAGACUAUCGAAUUCAGUUGACAGUUGCUGCGCCUUAGUAUUCCUGAUUUAGAUAUGUAUUAAUCCAAUAUAAAUCGGUGGAGUUCUAUUUUUUUCCCUGGUCGUGAUGAACAUACAAGUAUCUUGAUAAGAUGAUAGUUCUCGUCCUAAAUAGGUAAUUUACCUAAGCAAGUGCACAAAUACCGACUGUUGAAAGGGAUAUUCUUCAUGAAAGGUUUUCUACAAAAAAUUGGCUUCUAAAUGCCGGAAAACGCAGUCUCCUUGUGGUCUCUGUCUUAAUCAGAAUUGACUACAGGAAAAAAGUAUGACAUCUAGUGUUAUUCGUUUAAUCAAUUUAUUAAUUCUAAUCGUCUCUGAAGGCUUGAAUCCAGAUUGUAGCUGUCUGACAAGUCUAACUUUCUAUUCAAGAACUAGUCGGCAUUUAUUCUAACUGCAUUAUAUUUUUAGUGUCUGUCUUCCAUCAAACACUCACAGAAACCUGAAUUUACUAAUUAAAUUAUGUAAAAUUAUCUGAUGCUUCUUAUCUUAAAAACAAGAACUUCUUUGAGAAAGGCUAUUAUGUGGUCUGAUUCAGUUUAUGCUGUACAUGUGAAAGCUCCUUUACAUGCGAUCCUUAAAAGUUUAACAUUGUAUGAAUAAGAGUCGAAACAAUAUAAAAAGAAGGCGUUUAAAUUGUAUCUCGCUAAUACUUCGCAGCAGAAUUUAUACGCACUGCAUACAUAUGACAGAUGAUAGCUGUUCUGCAAAUGAACUGAUAUUUUCGUUUACAUUUCUAUGCAUAAUAAUAAUACAAUAAUAUAAAUUGCUAAAUGAAAGAUCUAAUGGCUAAAACACUUCAGAACAUUUAAAUGGUAUUGGCGAAACAGAGUUCCAACAGUAUCGGCCUCUAGCAUUUUAUGAAUGAAUGCUAGUGUCUCUCUAAAUGCCGAAAGCAAUGAAAGAGUUAAUCUCCGUGAUAUAAUAAGAAUGGUCACUGAUAUGCUAUACUAAGAAAAGACAAUUUGUUUCGUCACAACUUCAGCUUUUCCACCCUUCAUAUCUUUUAAAUGCCUUAGAUUCUAGUGCCAAAUCUGCUACAACUUUAAAAACAAUUCACAAAUAUGAUUCAAAGAUUCACAAAUAUGAUAAAACAAAUAUGAUUUAAAGAAUUUUCACAAAUAUGAUUUAAAUAAUUUUCACAAAUUUGAUUUAAAGAUUUUUAUGACUGUUUUUCGGCCCAAUGCUUUCGCUUUCAUAAAGGUUCUAACUAGUAUCUAAUUAAGCAAAGAACAUGUAAAAAAUAUUAAGUGAUAAAAUAAUGAACAGUAAAUAUCUGAACUAAGUUUUAUGUAAUAUGAUGAGUAAGACUGUAAUUUCACGUGAUCUCUUUCUAAACUGAGAUUUAAUAUAUAAAAUGGUACAUUCAAUGCAAUGUUUUUAGGUUAACUGUAUACUGAUAUCAAACAAAAGGAAAAAUAUCUUGAUGGUUAUUUGAAAAAAUUCCAAGUGUAUGUUAUUGAAAACCUUUACCCUCAUUCAUUUAGAACACAUUAGUGUAAUGUGUAAGGUCAUUCCAAAUUGUCAGAAUUGUUAUUAACUUGGUAAGAUUCGAUGACUCUUAUUGUUCAUGAAAUAUUUAUAAAGUUUAGUAUCUAAAUCAUUUUAAUUAAAUCUUACCUUUUUAUGCAUGAUCUGAUAGUCUAUUUCUAAUAGAUGUGAAAUUUUAUUCUGUGGUAAAUAUUUCAUGAAAUUUUAUAUUUUUAUUAGUCGUGUCAUUUAAAGGCCUUUUUUCUUCAAUUUUUCCUCGAAUCUUGCCAUGACUAAUUUAAUAAAAGUGUAGAAAUAUAUUUUUCCUCAUGACUGUGCAGCUAUUAUAUAGGCAUUAUUGAGAAACUUAUAUUCAUUAAUCUUCUAAACAUCUUGAUGUUAUAGAUUUAUUGAAUGAUACGACACGAGUUUUAUCAUUGGUGCUGAAGAAUGGAAAGAAUAAUAAAAAUCUUUUUUUUAAACUUA